UACUCGGCUCUUCUGAUUCGUCUUGAAAAUGGAAUAUUAAGAAGCUAAAGUCCUCUCUUUUGUUCCUUAAACCCCAAGCAGACGCACCUGUCUCAUCUCAUGUCCGGUUUCCACUUUCUAACGGCAUCUUCUUCUUCACUUCGUUUCUAAGCUUUACUUAUUUCAAGGUGCAUUUGCAGAUUGUUGGUUAGAAUCAAACAGUAAAAAUGGCACAUUUGCUUUCAACUUCUUUCUCGAUAAAGAUCUCCUCUAGCAACAGACCUUUUGGUCAACCUCUGAAUCAGGUUCGAGCCACACUUCCUAACUCGUUUACCAUUAAGACUUCCAAGCUGCCCUUCAAAAGACUUGUUUCGAAAGGAGAUAGAGAAAGAAAGAGUUGUGUGGUUCUUGCAACUGCUGCCCCUGUAAGCAAAGAAGUUUCAGCUAAUCCUAGGUCUGGUUCUGAUGGGUCCUCGAGUGAUUCUUGGAAGCCUCAGCGGGUCAUGGUUAUAGGCGGAGAUGGCUACUGCGGUUGGGCUACAGCCCUUCACUUGUCCAACAAAGGUUAUGAAGUUGCAAUUGUGGAUAGCCUUGUCCGACGGCUCAUGGACCACCAGCUUGGUCUCGACUCCUUGACUCCCAUUUCCUCCAUCCAUAACCGGCUCCGUUGUUGGAAAGCUAUCACUGGGAAGACAAUUGAACUUUAUAUUGGUGACAUUUGUGACUUUGAGUUCUUAUCUGAAACCUUCAACUCAUUUGAACCUGAUGCUGUUGUCCAUUUUGGAGAGCAGCGCUCUGCCCCAUACUCGAUGAUUGAUCGAUCAAGAGCUGUGUUCACUCAGAAAAAUAAUGUCAUUGGAACACUUAAUGUUCUUUUUGCAAUAAAGGAAUUCAGAGAACAGUGCCAUCUUGUGAAGCUUGGGACAAUGGGAGAGUAUGGAACUCCAAACAUAGAUAUCGAAGAGGGUUAUAUCACAAUUACUCACAAUGGAAGGACUGAUACUUUGCCUUAUCCGAAGCAAGCAAGUUCCUUUUAUCAUCUCAGUAAGGUUCAUGAUUCAAAUAAUAUAGCCUUCACUUGCAAGGCUUGGGGGAUCAGAGCCACUGAUCUGAAUCAAGGAGUGGUUUAUGGGGUAAAGACCGAUGAGACUUCAAUGCACGAACAGCUGUGUAACAGGCUUGAUUAUGAUGGAGUAUUUGGAACCGCAUUGAACCGGUUUUGUGUUCAGGCUGCUGUUGGUCAUCCUCUUACGGUUUACGGGAAAGGAGGCCAGACUAGGGGUUACCUUGAUAUAAGAGACACAGUUCAAUGCGUGGAACUUGCCAUUGCAAAUCCAGCAAAACCUGGUGAAUUUCGGGUCUUCAAUCAAUUCACGGAGCAGUUUUCCGUCAAUGAACUGUCUUCCCUUGUAACAAAAGCAGGAAAGAAGCUUGGACUUGACGUGCAAACCAUAUCCAUGCCCAACCCAAGAGUUGAGGCAGAGGAACAUUACUACAACGCAAAGCAUACUAAACUCAUUGAGCUUGGACUCGAACCACAUCUCCUCUCAGACUCUCUUCUUGACUCAUUGCUCAACUUUGCUAUCGAGUUCAAGGAUCGUGUUGACACAAAACAGAUUAUGCCCAGUGUUUCUUGGAAAAAAAUUGGGGUGAAGCCACAUACCGUGCCAGCUAAUUAGGUGGUCAACAAUAAGAGGAAGUCCUUGUUCAUCUUGUUGUACCUUUCGUAGAUGGUGCUGCAGCCCUUUUGACUUUUCAUGUCAAAGCAUGGUCUGUAAUGUGCAAUCGAAAUAUAGACUUCGUUAUAAAUGGAUCGAACAUGAGAGAGUAAUAUUGCUCCAGUUCUUGAGUCCUGACAUUUUGGCGUAGGAACCUGUUGAAUGUGAGCCUGUUUCGUAUUUAGUUGCUUAUUAUAGCUUGAUAGGCUGGAAAAUAACUGUAAUAUGUCCAAAACUUCAGGUAUUCUGAAAAUUCGCUAUAAGCCGUUGUUAUUAGUAAUCUGACGCGACCGAAUUUCCAUA